AGAUCCCGCAAGGCAAAAUAAAGUCGUAAUCGUACGCUUAUAGGGGGUACCGGAGACAAACUAAGGGCUUAGUUUGGCUAUAUAAAAGGAAUAAUAUCCUUUUGCUCAGAAAAUUCUCAAUUUCAUCUAGGGUUUCUGCAUUGUCAAAAUCAACCGUGUUUUAGAGGAGGCAAUCGAUGGCGCUGCGGCCUGUGUUCGUCGGAAAUUUUGAGUAUGAUACUCGCCAGUCUGACUUGGAACGUCUCUUCAGCAAGUACGGAAGGGUGGAUCGAGUGGACAUGAAAUCUGGUUUUGCUUUUGUUUAUUUUGAGGAUGAACGUGAUGCUGCAGGUGCUAUACGGGGACUUGACAAUACACCAUUCGGUUAUGAUAGGCGCAGGCUGUCAGUGGAAUGGGCUAGGGGAGAACGGGGUCGACAUCGUGAUGGGUCCCGAUCAAUGGCAAAUCAGAGGCCCACAAAGACUCUUUUUGUGAUUAAUUUUGAUCCAAUCCGGACCAGAGUUGAAGAUAUAAAGAGACAUUUUGAACGAUAUGGAGAGGUUCUUCAUGUCAGAAUUCGUAGGAACUUUGCAUUUGUACAGUUUGAGACGCAGGAAGAUGCUACCAAGGCCCUCGAGUGCACACACAUGAGCAAAAUAUUGGACAGGGUGGUUUCUGUUGAGUAUGCUUUGAGGGAUGAUGGUGAGAAGGGAGACAGAUAUGAUAGCCCUAGAAGAGGAAGUUAUUAUGGGAGGUCUCCAAGUCCUGUGUAUCGUAGGCGACCUAGUCCUGACUAUGGUGGAGCUCGCAGCCCAGUGUAUGAUAAGUACAAUGGCCCAGCUUAUGACCGGAGAAGGAGUCCUGAUUAUGGUAGGAAUCGAAGUCCUGAGUAUGGUAGAUAUCGCAGCCGAUCACCUAUUAGAAGAUCAAGAACAUGAGGGACAUAAGAGAACUACUGAAGAAGUUCUAAUGUGCAAUUCUGUGUACUUGGUACUUACAACAGAUUUAGAACAGUCAUAUGUAGAGAGUGCAUCUUGGCGUAUUACUUUAGUUCUGUAAUAUUGUAUUAAGACUUGCUUCUAGUAACUUUAAUUAAUGGAACUUGUUAGCUUGCUAUUUGAUUCUAUGAUAUUGAUCCAAUAUAUUUUUGUCUUGUCUUUGAAACA